AUGGGGAUGAAGCGAUGCAUCGUUCCUAGCAUCCUGCUGAUGCUUGCAUUGCAGGCAGCCCUGCUCGUCGCCGGCGACGUGGGCGACAUUCUCCUGCCGAGCCAAGGCCAAGUUGCAGACGAAGCAGCCAUGGCGGCCAAGAAGAGGCCGUGGAAGUGCUGCGACCAGGCGGUGUGCACCCGCUCCGAACCGCCGAUCUGCCGCUGCAUGGACCAGGUUUUCGAGUGCCCCUCCACCUGCAAGUCCUGCGGGCCGUCCAUGGCCGACCCGUCCCGCCUCGUCUGCCAAGACCAGUACGUCGGCCUCCCCGGGCCCAUCUGCAGGCCGUGGGAGUGCUGCGACUCGCCUACGUGCACCAAGUCCAACCCGCCGACGUGCCGCUGCGGGGACGAGGUCGACAAGUGUGCUCCGACCUGCAAGACCUGCCUGCCGUCCAGGUCGCGCCCUUCUCUCCGCCUCUGCAUCGACCGCUACUUUGGACCCUUCCCGCCCGCGUGCACGCCGUCAGAGGCUGUUGCCGCCGGCGGUAACUAG